AAAACAUUAAAAUUGGUGUGCGAACUGCACAAGUUUACUGACUCAGAAAAUCGCAAGUCGUGAAGAUGUCCGGAAAAUUGUCUCCAGCAUGAAAAGUGCAGUUUUUCCCUCGGGUUGAAACCGUGUCGGGAUUUAGGGACAUUGCGAUUUUGGGAAGAGUGAACUGACGCCCGUGUUUUCAAGAUUUGUGGGUGUCGUGUGAGAUGUUCUUUGUGUGAUUUGGUGUUUUCUGGAGGUGUUUUUCUUUGCGGGAAAAUUCUCUUUGAAGUAGUUAAUAACAGUGAUUAGCGGUUGUAGUGUAGUCUGAUGCGGUCUUUGUUGUGCAAUCGUAGUAGUCGUCUUAUAGUUGCUGAAUGUUGAAGGGAAAAGGUUGCUUUGAUGUUGAUUGAAAAUGAAAUGAAAUUUUCCUCCAAGAUUCCACUAGUGCAAUAAAGGUGUAGUGUAGCGAAAAAAAUAUUCGAUCUAGCAAAAUAGCGAAACCCCCCCCCGGGAAAAUCUGAAAGAAAGUGCCGCGGUCAAGAAGAAAAAAAAAAAAUCAACAAAAUAGCGAGAAAAUCGAAGCUCAACUUUGGCUUCCCGCAAGAAGAAGGAAUCAUUUUGGUGGUGUUACAUAAAAGCAGCGUUUAGAAGGGGAGGCUAGCCCUGCUCCAGGGCAGUAACAACACCGUGAAGUGUGAUUUUCACGCAUUUACGUGACGGCGAGUCAACCUUGUGGAUUACGGCGACGACGACUCGAGUAACGAGGACCGGUUGAGCCAGUACUUUUGGGCUGAUAACGGAAAUCAAUAACUGGAGCGAAAGCGGCCUCGUUCCGGCACAGCAAACGAUCGCCCAAAAAGAUGGACCGGCUCCGGAAGUCGUUCCGGGAUUCGUUCCGGCGGCGCAAGGACCGGGUGCCGGAAGCGGCCAAACCGCACCAGUGGCAGUCGGACGAGCAGGCCGUCCGGUCGGCGACCUGCACCUUCUCCGUCAAGUAUCUGGGCUGUGUCGAGGUGUUUGAGUCGCGCGGGAUGCAAGUGUGCGAGGAGGCGCUCAAAGUGCUCAGGAACUCUCGCCGUCGCGCAAUCCGCGCUCAACUUCACGUCAGCGGCGAUGGACUCCGCGUGGUCGAGGACGACACCAAGGGACUGAUCGUGGAUCAAACCAUCGAAAAGGUCAGCUUCUGUGCGCCCGAUCGCAACCACGAGCGUGGCUUCAGCUACAUCUGUCGGGAUGGUACGACACGGCGCUGGAUGUGCCACGGCUUCCUGGCGGCCAAGGAUUCUGGAGAGCGAUUGUCCCAUGCGGUGGGUUGUGCUUUUGCGGUGUGCUUGGAGCGGAAACAGCGCCGCGAUAAGGAGUGCGGCGUUACGAUGUCGUUUGAUAUGAACAACAAAACGUUCACCAGGACCGGGUCGUUCCGGCAGCAAACGAUGACGGAACGGUUGGCAAACGCGGACACGGCCGUUGUGGCGCCGAAUCAGAACAAUAACAACAAGGCGGCCAAUCCGUUUGCGAUUGAGAGACCACACGCGACUCCCUCGAUGCUGGAACGUCAGGGAAGUUUCCGGGGCUUUACGCAGAUUGGGACGGCAUCGCCGUUCAAGCGCCAAAUGUCGCUAAGAAUCAACGAUCUUCCGUCCAACGCCGAACGACAACGAGCCUUCCUGGAUCCAACUUCGCCCCAUCGAACGUCCGUUUCGCCUAUUCCGGAAGUGACGGCCACCCAACCCACGGACACCGUCAGUCAGCUGUGCCAGGAACUGAGCCAGGGCCUUUCGCUGCUCACCAAGAACGACGCGGACGAUUUCUACCUUAGCAAAGACAUCACGCAAAAUCUCUCCGCCACUGUCACCAGCACGUCCUCAAUCGGCCCCUAUCUGAGCAUGUCGACCGGCGCCAGCCCAGCCGAUCCGGUGGUGGCCACCAACCCGCUCGCGUCCGUUUUCGCCCCCACCAUCCUGUCAACGCAUCCGACCGCGACGACGACGACGACGCUUCCUCCGCGAUCGCUGACCCCGAACCUGGGCGGCGCCACUUCCUCCGCCACAGCCGUCGUCCCCGUGGAAACCGCCUCGCCGCUGCCCAAUCCGGAACAGUGGCUCGGCCAGAUCGUCAAGAAUGUGUCCCCAUCGCCACGGCGGGCUCCCUCGAUCCACGCCCGCGCCAAGUCGCUGAGCGCGGCCGACCCGUUCGACUCCGAGUGGGUGUCGGACGUGGCCAAGCCGGAGAUUCACAGCACCAAUCCGUUCAUUUCGCCGCCGAAGCCACCGGCGCAGAGCUUCCAGGUGCACCUGUAAGGGGCUGGGAACGGGGAUGGGGAGGGACGGCCGAGGACGUUAAUGGUGCUUGUUGAUGAUAGUUGUUAGUAUGAGGGAUAUGCCAGCCAACGAAGAAGCGGGGAAGCGAACGAAGUAGGGUGGACGAAUGAUACUUACUCAAUACUACUCAAACAUUCUAAUAGCAUUUAUUUUGCCUUAUGAGAAAAACUUUGAUUUACUGUUAGGAGGUUAGAGAUCGCUGCUGCAAUGAGGGAAGGGACGAAGUACAUGAAUUGUAAAUUUAAUAUAAUUAUUUGAAGCAGGACUUCCAACGGACGAAACAUGAAAAUUAUUACGAAACCAGAUUAAAUUUAUCAAAAUUUAGUAAAUAAUUUAUCAAUAAAACAAUUCAAACAAAAACAGAACCGUAUCAAAUUAGAUUUCUACCAUAAAAAAUGAGACAAAAUGAUGAUUUUUCUUAUUAUUUUUACAUGCUUUUUUGACAAAUAACUUUGUCUUAAGGGCUUUAUUUCCGAUGCGGGUUCAAUGCAAGAAUACGGACCAGUCAAGUAUUCAUCCAAGACGGAGUAAGUCUAAGCUCGACUGGGACCGGCGUAAUUUCAAAUGUAUCGAAACUAUAUAAUGAAGUUAGUUUUUCUAGUGAUUCCAUAUACUUCAGUGAGAAUGGCAUGAUUCAUAUCGUCAUAAAAAAAAAAUGUUUUUUUUUCAACAUAAUAAAAAAAUUGCACAAAUUUACAAACCAUUGUUAUUAUAACAAAUGCAUGUAUGUAUAAAUAUUAGAAUAAUUUCUGCUCCUAAUUUUUUUUAAUAUACUUUGUAAUAAAAAUGAUUGGAAUUUCUAUGUAUUUAACAAAAAUUGUAUUCUUGCUUGAACAGUGUUCAUUUUUCAAUUUGUUAUGUAGCAGCGAUCAUUUUACAAAUCAUUUGCGAAAACAAGACUUGAUAAAGACGGAUUUACCAGCACUUAACGGAAGUUUAAAAGUGAAACGUGCAGAACACCACCGCAAAACAAUGAAAUGCUUCGCAAGGUUGAACCACAAACACAAAAAAACCGGCUUGGAACGCUUUACCUGUAUUACUGUAUACCUAAUAGAGACAAACAAAUUACACACAAACAAACACUCACACAAAGCCUACGAUUCUUUAAUGCACACACACGAAACAUUACCAUUUGCGUAAAGGCAACAAAUUUAUCGUAUUUCAAAACCCUUGAAGAAAGUUGAGCCGAAGAACUAUUCCACAGAAAUGAACAAUCGAGAAAGAAUCUCCUUCUCGAUAAGGGCACAACCUUUGAAAUCCCGUCGGGCAGAACUCAAUGUGCAGCUGCUUAACAGUGAAGAUGCAAAGCAUUACAAAAACAGUACUUAAACUAACUUAAAGGAAGCAAACUAGAAAAUAAUGGAUAUGAAAUCAAACUAACAGAAGUAAAACUAACUGCCAGCUGCCAACACAGGCCGGCGUGGCGAAGAAUUAUAUGGAUUAUGAAGAAAUAUGAGCAUUGUGAUCAACGUGAAAUACAUUCGAGAAAAAAAUGAGGAGUUAAAUUAAAAGAUACAUAUUAGCGAAAAGUAAAGCAUACAAAAACGAUCGUUUAGGGGUUUUAGGUUUAAGCCAGAGUAUUCACACUAGAAAGCUGAUUUCGCCUGCUCGAUGGAGUUAAUAUUAACUUGUUCUAGGACCAUUCAACACCGCUGCUGUGUAGAGUUACUGGGGAAAGUAUUCCAUUUUGCGACCAUAGUGUGUACUUAGAAAAAACUCGGUUUAGUUUAGCGUUUUGAUUGUGUACAUACGAGAUAGAGAGAACGAGCGCGAGAGCAACUAUACGUUGCGUGCAGGUUAUUUUUAACGUUUUAUGUGUAGAUAGUUGUACAUAUCACGCGCCGCGCCGUCUUUUCAAAAGAACUUUUACAUUCUGUUCCGUGCUGUAGUCACCGAAGGGCUAGAGAACAAGUAAGCAAGGCUGCUCGAAAUUUACUUUGGAUUUAUUUAUACUUUUAUGAUUUUCCACUUUUGUUUUAUUAUUCAAGUUAGCCGGUCCGCCGAAAGAUCUUUAGUUAUGCGUUAUAAACAAAUUUGUAAAAAUAUACUUCAAUCAUCCCCGGCGUUCAGAUGUCCACAACUGGGUGUAUAGAGAAUCUUGAUCUUGUAAUAUAAUUCCCAACCAGAUGUAAGUGUAUUAUUUAGAGCUAAAUAAACUUAAUAAAACAAACCUA